UAGCAAGUGCUCUGAUUAUACCUCGAAAAUGUGACAAGUUCCUUUAUCUGCACUGUCGCUAUAACCUCUUUUCUUAUACAUUUUAAUAAAUACACAUACAUAUAAUUUUCAUGUGUUCUGCAGAUACUGUAUUAUUCAAUUAAUUUAUACUCUACACUUCAGGAUCAAUUGUUCUAAAGUUUACAAUCAGCGAGGCGAAGACACCAUUCGAAUUGUCCGCAUUGUACCUGGCAGUUAUGCUUAGGGACAAACUACACAACAAACAGAUUGUACUGAAGGAUGAGUCCGACGUACCUCUAGUAUUGAAGACUUCACCGACAGUAAUGAUACCAACGGAGAAUCAAAAAGAUACUCCAACAAUUCGUUUAAGUAGAGGACACUACCGAUUUACUGAAGGAAACGUGGCCAUUUUGAAAUGUGUUGUGGUCGCCACAGCGGACACCGAAUCUAUCCAGUGGUUCAGAGUAAAGGAUGGAGAAUCUCACGCUAUUAUAAUUGACAACGAAAAGUAUUUUGGUGGGUCACUGAAAUCUCCAUCACUUGCUAUCGCUGAUGUAAAGAAAUCUGACAGAGGAAUAUAUUUCUGUAGGACAAGGAAUAGAGCAGGUGAAGUGGAAAGUGAGAUUGCGUUUGUCGAAAUCAAUUGCAUUGUAAAAGACGCUUCUCAGCUGUCACAGCCCAGCCAGACGAGACGGCCAAGCACUGUCACUAAUACAAUUAUAAAGAAACAGUUCGCCAUGGCGUCAAAUGUGAAUGACGAGGUAGCAACUCUCCAUAACACAAUGGUGUUCAACAUAAGAACCGAAAUGUUUGGAGACCAAUUGGAGAAAGUAAAAUGUCUAUUUGAGGAUAAUCCGCUGACGCCGCUUGAUAUGUUUGAAAUUAAAAACAUUCAAACACUCUUCGAACGUCUAAUGAAUUACGAAACAAUUGAUUAUGGAGAUUACCAAAAGUUUGUAUCUGCGAUCAGGUGCAUACAUCCAAAGGUGUGUUCAAUGGUACAGGAGUGUGCUGUGAAAAUCAACAAACUGAAGGGUAACCUAGACGACCAAGAAAUCCAUCCUGACUUAGAACCCAUGAUAGGUGAGUCUUAUCUACUGGAUUGGACAUGGUUAGAGAAGAAAUGCAGCAGAUUACCCCUAAACUUGGACCAGAACAACAUGCAUCAUCUAAAGAGAUAUGAAAGAGUCUUAUACUUAUGUUUGAAUGAGAAUCUUAGUUCACCAAAAGAGUAACUCUUUGAUAGCCAGAUUGAUCCCCAAUCUGGUUAAGUUUUUUCUUUCUCUGUUUCUAUUCUCUACAGGGUAGGAUCUAGCAAUCAGUACAUCAGGUCACAUUCUGGUGUAUUUUAUUGCAGCCAAUCAUUGAAAUGUCCUCCAAAUAGUCUCAAUAUUUCAAACACAUGUAUUUAUUGUGUAAUUAAUAAUGACUUCUGUAUUAAAAGGUCACCAGAUCAUGAUUGUUGAUGCCAUGUCAUCAGAUCCUACACCGUUAAUAAUGUAGAGUAACAGAAUAAAAUAUUUAAUUGAUACGCUCAGCUGGAACAAAGUACCAGGGUGAGGUUAUGUGUUGGUGCUUCAUCUGUCGUCUUCUCUGUCGUACCAUCACCUUUUGAUUUAAAUGACAACUCCUUCCAAAUCAUAGAGCAUAAU